CUGUCAACCAACUACAGUAACUAACAGUACCUACUAACAGCUUUCGCAUUCGUGCUGGAAUUUUGAAGUUGCGACUAAGAAAGUAAGCAGAUACUGUUCGAAAACAACAACAUGGAAAUCCAAUACAAUAGGGCAGUUCCAUUAGGAGAAGGUGGCUAUGGUUCAGUGUUUCCAGGAACGUUUCAAGGUCGUGAAGUGGCAGUCAAAAGAGUUCUCCUUAACAAGGCUAACGAUAAUGAGGAAGAAGCUUUAAAAAAGUUAGAUCACCCUAAUAUCGUCAAGUUCUACCACGUCGAGUGCAACGACGAUUUCAAGCUCUUUGCUUUGGAGCUCUGCGAAGCAUCAUUAGAUCAAAUAUUUCUAGGUCCAAAUGAUCCCAAAAAAUACAAAGGGCCUAAAUUGCCCUACCAUUUUGAAGUUUUCUCACAAUUGGCUUCUGGCCUCGAGUACAUACAUUCCAAGAAUUUAAUUCAUCGAGAUAUAAAGCCGGAAAAUGUACUCAUCUCGGUCGACUCCAGCACUAAUACGCAAGACGUUAAGGUCACAAUGAAAUGGGCUGAUUUUGGUCUGUCCAGGACAGUGAAUGAACGAGGGACAUUUACGAUGACUAGUGGAGUAAGAGGAACAAAAACCUGGUACGCUCCAGAGUUGCUUAAACUACUUCAGGAAUUUCAAACAAUAGGGCAACCACAGCCCAGAGGUACCGUCAAAAGCGACAUAUUCGCACUAGGCCUCGUCUUCGCUUACCUUAUGUUAAACGGGAAGCACAUUUACGGUUCUAAUGAGAUUGAAAUUUUUAAUAACAUAUUGGCGGGAGAAGCAAUCAAUUUGAAUAAAUUAGAACAAUCGCACUACGCAUAUGAUCUUGUUACCAAAAUGUUAAAAAAUGAAGCUGAUCGAAUAUCUUCAUCGACCAUCGUUGAGCGACUCAAAUCAGAACAAAAUAAGCACAGUUAUCUCAAUAACCUUUCCUUGGACAAAUCAAAACGAAAAGUUGAAAACCUUGAUCCUACAGGGAGUUGA